AGGUGAGCGUAGCCACUUCUCCUUGGGGUGACAGCGAAGGCUGAGAAGUGGCGGGAGCCCAACUUCAGCGAUCCCCUAGCGCACAAAAGAAAACCGUGAGUAAGAGCAAACGGCACCUCACGAACCGCAACCAUGAAUGGAACAGAGGGCCAAGACUUCUACGUGCCCAUGUCCAACAAGACUGGGGUGGUGCGGAGCCCCUUCGAGUACCCUCAAUACUACCUGGCUGAGCCCUGGAAGUUCUCAGCGCUGGCUGCCUACAUGUUCAUGCUGAUCCUGCUCGGCUUUCCCAUCAACUUCCUCACACUGUAUGUCACCAUCCAGCACAAGAAGCUUCGGACGCCUCUAAACUACAUCCUUCUGAACCUGGCGAUCGCUGACCUCUUCAUGGUCUUUGGAGGCUUCACAACCACCAUGUACACUUCGAUGAAUGGGUACUUUGUCUUUGGAGUAACAGGGUGCUACCUCGAAGGCUUCUUUGCGACACUGGGCGGUGAAAUUGCUCUCUGGUCACUGGUUGUCCUGGCUAUUGAGAGAUAUGUAGUGGUGUGCAAGCCCAUGAGCAACUUCCGCUUCGGGGAGAACCAUGCCAUCAUGGGCGUUGCCUUCACCUGGGUCAUGGCCUUGGCGUGUGCGGCUCCCCCACUCUUUGGCUGGUCCAGGUACAUCCCUGAGGGCAUGCAGUGCUCAUGCGGUAUCGACUAUUACACUCUGAAGCCGGAGGUCAACAACGAAUCAUUUGUCAUCUACAUGUUUAUUGUUCACUUCAUGAUCCCACUGAUGGUCAUUUUCUUCUGCUAUGGGAACCUGGUUUGCACUGUCAAGGAGGCUGCUGCUCAGCAGCAGGAGUCUGCCACCACCCAGAAGGCAGAAAAAGAAGUGACCCGCAUGGUCAUCAUCAUGGUCAUCGCUUUCCUGAUCUGCUGGGUCCCCUAUGCCAGCGUUGCAUUUUACAUCUUCACCAACCAAGGGUCAGACUUUGGGCCCAUCUUCAUGACCAUCCCGGCAUUCUUUGCCAAGACCUCUGCGAUCUACAACCCUGUGAUUUACAUCGUAAUGAACAAACAGUUCCGUAACUGUAUGAUCACAACCCUCUGCUGCGGCAAGAACCCGCUGGGCGACGAGGACACAUCUGCUGGCAAGACAGAGACCUCCUCCGUCUCCACCAGCCAGGUCUCUCCUGCCUAGGCCCCACCGGAGCAGCCGGUCCUCGGGGUGCACGUCGCCACCCCGGGAGCACCAACCUAGCCCCGCCACUGCCACUGCCUGCCCCUGCUUCACCACGGCCCCGCAGGGCAGGCUCCUCUCUCCUGGCACUAGGAACCCUGGGAACAAGGCUGUAAAUGUGUACACACGUUUUGUAAUUAAAAUGCAAAGGCUUAGCUCCUCCACUGGCGUAAAUCCGUGCUUUUCUGUUGACUUGCUGAGAGCUCGCACCUCCCUGCUCUGAGUGCAGAGCCCUGGGUCUGAUGCUCCUGCCACACCUGCACGCCCUGUGCCAUCAUGUGAGCCCUGGGCCAUGGCAGAGCCACCCUCACCACACCUCGAUGGCCCUGCAGAGGCCUCUGCUGCCUGGGAGCAGGUUUGGCUGCUGUAAGGUACCCUCAGUCCUGCCGGGUGCUCCCAGCUCCAGCCCUGCCGCACUCCACCUGUGAGAAGCCCUGGGAGGCUGGGAUGGGAUGGCGACAGGGGCACAUGGGGACCUCCGUGCCGCAGAGCUGAUGGCUGCCGAUCCUGCCUGGCACGCCGGCAGCGCAGGCAGGGCCUGGCACCACGGCACAGCUGUGGUCGUGCUCAGGGAGGACUCAGUGCUGGCACCCAGCACAGCAACAUGCACACGGUGUUUGCACCCUCAGCAGCAGCCCUGCUUGAUGCUCCCCCAGCAGGAAAUACCUGUAGUCCCACCGUUCAUCCUUAGGCAUCUUUGGGCCCCCUGCAUCCCAGGGGCAUGUCCCAAGACAUGCUCCUCCUGAUCCUCCCGUGCAUCUCCCUGUUUAAGCUGCAGCCAGUUUGCCAUCAGCCCAAGUAGGAGGUUUUGGCCAGUGCUUGUGCUUUUGAGGAUGGAUUGGUGCAUCGCUAAGCUUCCCUCCUCACUGUAGCAGGCAAGACAUGGGAGCAUAUGGCUCAGCGACGUCGACAUAUGU